AUGGCAAGACCAUCUGUGACACCACAUCAAACUCCAUCUCAAGCACCCUCCCGUUGCUCUACUUGUAUCAGAACCCCCAUCCGUUCUGAUUCAAACUUUGUUCAAUCCAACAUCCAAUCCGGCCGAUCUGUCUUGGUACCAGCUACUCCUACCAAACAUUCUAGCUCAGAUCCAAUUAUUCACUCCAAGUCCAACCCUUCUGGCGAUAUUCAAACUCAGAACACCCCUUCCCAACCAUCUCAAUCGCAAACCCGCAAAAAGACCAAUACUACAUCUUCAGCCAAAAAGAAGCGCAAAUCAUCAACCAAGUGGAAGCGGAAAAUUUCAAAAUAUUCUGAUGCCGAGAAUUCAAAGGUUCGGAAGUCCUACCAAAAAAAAUCAACUCAAUUCAAUGACAUCCUCGACUACUUUGAGGCCCCAUUUCAUGCAAAGGAAGAUGAUCAGGGGUAA